AUUUCAAGACGCUCUAUUCAUAAAGACAAAUGACGGGGAACGUUGACAACAAUGUUGGGGAUGUCAUCCCCACAAAGCCGCAAGUGAUACAUAACAAGAUUACAGCUACAGACUAUGAACGGUUGCUCGCAGCGUGCGCAAACGACAAGGCGCGGGUGCUUGGCGGAGCCAACGAUGAUCUGUGGGCCGCAGAGAAAUACAAGCACUCGCAUGAUGCGUCAUACCACGAAGAGGCAGCUCCCGAUCUGGUGGUCUACCCUCUAACGACUGAAGAGACGUCGGCAAUCAUGGCGAUCUGUCACGAGCGUGGCUUACCGGUCACGGCUUCUGGUGCUCGGACAGGACUAGAAGGUGGGUGUAUCCCAGUUCAAGGUGGCGUGACUUUAGACCUCAGCCGAAUGAAUAAAAUACUAGAGCAUCACGAGGCCGACGCGCAGGUGACUGUACAGUGUGGAAUUAUGAAGAAGGACAUGCAGGAGUUUGCUUCCGAGAAGGGAAUGUUCUUUGCCAUGGACCCGGGAAGUGAGGCCAGUAUCGGUGGCUACGCUUCAACAGGCGCAUCCGGUACAUUGUGCACGGCCAAAUAUGGAACCAUGCGGGACAAUGUGAUUAGAAUGAGAGUUGUGCUGCCGGACGGACGGACAUUCUGGACCCGGCAGCGUGCUAUAAAGUCAUCUGCUGGAUACGAUUUAAACCACCUAUUCAUGGGUACAGAAGGGUCUCUGGGUAUUAUAACCGAGUUGUGCAUACUCUUGCACCCUAAACCAGCCUCCAUGGUCGGUGCGGUCGCUGUUUUCCCCACUCUACGUCAUGCGGCCAAGGCGGUCAUAAAAAUUCAUCACUCAAGGCCGUCCUCCUUGGCGCGUUGCGAAUUGCUGAACACCAUUGCUAUUCGGUCGGUCAAUAAUCUAUUCCCCCAGCAAUAUGAAGAGACUCCAACAAUAUUCUUUGAGUUCCACGGCACCGAUGAGGGAACAACAGCAAUAGCCCAUGCAAAAUAUAUCGAGAGUCUGUGUGAUGACGCAACUUCCUACCGCCUGGCUGAAACGGAAGAGGAGAGAGAGAAACUAUGGGAGGCACGAAGAGGUUGCUACUUUGCAUCUUUCAAGGUAUAUUCUUAG